CAGAAAGACAGAAUGCAGCAGGUUGUCGUACUGGCGCUCCUCUUGGGCCUCGUUUGCCUCCUCCAUGGAGUGCCCGUGCUUCCCGAACCUCUCUUCCCCACACAGGAGAACUUCGACCUGACUAAGUUCAUGGGGAAGUGGCAUGAUAUUGCGGUAGCGUCCACCUGCCCCUGGAUGCAGCGCCACAAGGGAGAUGCAGCCAUCGGAACCCUGGAGCUGCAGGCCAGCAGCACCGGAGACAAAGUCAGCAUAACAAGGAGCAUGACAAAGCACGGGAUAUGUAAGCAGAUCUCUGGUGAUUACGAGCUGACCAACACACCUGGAAGAUUCACCUACCACAUCGCCAAGUGGGCGGCUGAUGUUGAUGCCUAUGUGGUUGACACUAACUAUGAUGAGUACGCCAUCGUCAUGUUGAGUAAACAAAAAACAGGAGGCGAGAAGACAAAGUCUGCCAAGCUAUACAGUCGCACCAUGGAACUGUCGCCCACUAUCCUGGAUGACUUCAGGAGGCUGGUGAGGGAGCAGGGCAUGGCUGACGACACAAUCAUCAUCAAACAGAACAAAGGGGAGUGUGUACCAGGAACAGAGCCUGUAGCAGCAGCACUGAGAGCCAAGAGGAACAUAGUCCUCCCUGAGUUGCCCGCUGAGGAGGGUUCUGGUGCCGGAAUCAUGAUGUUCAGGAGUAAAGAGUCCUGUAACGCCGAUCCGGACGCAGGUCCCUGUUUCGGGACAGUGCAGAGGUACUUCUACAACUCCACCAGUAUGGCUUGUCAGCUGUUCACCUACGGAGGCUGCAUGGGCAACCAGAACAACUUUGUGACCGAGAGGGAGUGUCUCCAGAGCUGUCGCAAUGAGGCUGCCUGUAGACUGCCCAUGGAUGCUCAGCCCUGCACUGGACAGCCCAAGAUCUGGGUCUUCCACUCAAACUCUGGUCUCUGUCUGGAACAUAAAAAGGACUAUUGCCAGGUCAACAGUAAUAAGUUCUACUCCAAGAGGGAGUGUGAGGAGUACUGUGGGGUGAUGAAGGAUCCAGGAGAAGGGGAGUUCCUCAAAACAAACUAAAGGAGAUGAGAACACAGAACGUACAGCACAGAUCAACCACAGAACGUACAGCACAGAUUAACCACAGAUCAACCACUGAACGUACAGCACAGAUCAACCACUGAACGUACAGCACAGAUUAACCAAAGAUCAACCACUGAACGUACAGCACAGAUUAACCACAGAUCAACCACUGAACGUACAGCACAGAUUAACCACAGAUCAACCACAGAACGUACAGCACAGAUCAACCACUGAACGUACAGCACAGAUUAACCAAAGAUCAACCACUGAACGUACAGCACAGAUUAACCACAGAUCAACCACAGAACGUACAGCACAGAUCAACCACUGAACGUACAGCAGAUUAACCACAGAUCAACCACUGAACGUACAGCACAGAUUAACCACAGAUCAACCACUGAACGUACAGCACAGAUUAACCAAAGAUCAACCACUGAACGUACAGCACAGAUCAGAUCAAUAUGUUGAUCAACAGUAACACACUAUGGAUAUCAUACAUUACCAUAGAGCACAAUAAAAUGAUGGAUGAACUUG